UUCUUCUUCCCUCUCCUCUUCUCUUCUCUCACUGCUUCGUUUAUCCCUCGAAGCUUUUUUCAACUUCCAAAACAACGUCGUCUCCGCCAUGGCUCUCACUUCCUUCAUCGAAGUCGACCCGAGCUCCCACUUUCCAAUUCAAAACCUCCCGUUCGGAGUGUUCAAGCCCGAACCUGCGUCACCGGCUCGGCCAGGCGUCGCUAUCGGAGAUUACGUGGUGGACUUGUCAGCUAUCUCCGCCGCCGGUCUCUUCAACGGUCCGAUCCUAUGCAACUCCGAUUGCUUUCAUCAGCCUAAUCUGAACAAGUUCUUGGCCUUGGGACGACCUGCUUGGAAGGAAGCACGUGCUACACUUCAGAAGCUACUUUCAUCUAAUGAGCCAGCAAUGCGUGAUGACGAAGGUUUGAGGCAGAAAUCAUUGAUUCCAAUGAGCAAGGUCGAAAUGCUGGUUCCUAUGGCGAUUGGGGACUAUACGGACUUCUUUUCAUCGAUGCAUCACGCGAAGAACUGCGGGACCAUGUUUCGUGGUCCUCAGAAUGCAAUUCCACCAAACUGGUUCCACCUACCAAUUGCAUAUCAUGGACGAGCUUCAUCGGUUGUUAUCUCAGGGACAGACAUUACUCGACCCAGAGGUCAAGGAGCUCCUAGUGGGAAUUCUCCACCAUAUUUUGGGCCCUCAUUGAAACUAGAUUUUGAGCUUGAAAUGGCUGCUGUAGUGGGUCCUGGAAAUGAAUUAGGAAAACCAGUGGAUGUGAAUAAGGCAGCAGAUCACAUUUUUGGGCUUGUCUUAAUGAAUGACUGGAGUGCUAGGGAUAUCCAGGCAUGGGAAUAUGUACCCCUUGGGCCUUUCCUUGGAAAAAGUUUUGGCACUACAGUAUCCCCUUGGAUAGUGACGCUUGAAGCUCUGGAACCAUUUGCUUGUGAUGCUCCCAAACAGGACCCCCAUCCAUUGCCCUAUCUAGCUGAAAAGGUCUCCAAAAAUUAUGACAUAACAUUGGAGGUUCAAAUAAAACCAGCUGGAGAGAAAGACUCAUCUGUGGUCACAAAGAGUAACUUCAAUCAUUUGUAUUGGACAUUGACUCAGCAGCUAGCACACCACACUAUCAAUGGUUGUAACUUAAGGCCUGGAGAUCUACUAGGAACUGGGACCAUCAGUGGACCUGAGCCAGAAUCGUAUGGAUGCUUGCUAGAGUUGACAUGGAAUGGGCAAAAGCAGUUGUCAUUAAAUGGUGUUACUCGUAAAUUCCUUGAAGAUGGAGAUGAAGUCAUCAUUACUGGUUUUAGCAAGGGUAAUGGCUACAAUGUCGGGUUCGGAACAUGCUCCGGGAAGAUUGUUCCACCUCCUUGAGCACCGUCUUCAUCUCAAUCCAUUUUAAACUACAUAUUCCGCAACAGCAAGAUACAAACUUCCUUGGAGCUUCUCCUCAUUCAGUGGUUGUUAUGUUGCCUAAAAACUGUACUAUUUACUUCACUGCAUCAUGUAAUUCCCUUCCCCAUUGUUCUGUAGCUCUACUCAAACCUUUGAUGACUGCUUAUGCUUUCGUAGUGAUUUCAUAAUGGAAUCUUAAUAUCUUCGUAA